GGCCGGUGGGUCCAUCACCCACAGGUGCCACUGGGAUGUGACAUACUGGUUCUGGCAACUGAGAUUGCUGAAUAGGGGAAGGGCUUGAAGGGGAGAAGACAUUAGUAUCAAAUCUUCCAGAUUUUUUCGGGCUGCAGACCUGCUCACAUUCCCUGGGAGAGCGCAAUGCAGAGCCAAAAAAGGGAAAUGACAGAGUCGGGAAGGAAAACAAAGACCUCCAUGCCCUUCUGCAAGCAAAUGCUGUUUCACACAGGCACUGCCACCCCUGGCCUCUUCAAAACAAGUGAAGCAAAAUCAGGAGAACGGAGGGCUGUAAAUGUGGCACGGCCCUGCAGCCUGCCUUGCCAGGUGCCUCCUUCCUUUUGCUCAUGCUUACUGCCGCUGUUGCAAUUGGAUGUCACCUUUCUGCCCUGCACCUCCGUAACUCCUGUGACUUACGCAGCCAGGAAAGGAAAGUGCAAAUCCCACACGGGCUCUGGCCGGGCUGGUGCUGCGACGUGCCAGGCUUUGGCUCCUGGCCCCCUGCGAGGCGAGGGGGAGGCGAUGUCUGGGUCACUGCCCUCUUUCCAGGGGUGUUUUACCUUUCCUCCCCUCCUCCUCCUUCUCCUCCUCCUGCGUUGCUGGCUCUGUCCGGUGAGCGCUGCUGGGAAAACGGCACAACAGGGCCCAUUCAACUCUCACUUCUGCGAGGAGAGCAAACUUGCAGGAACUUGGCAGCCGCCGGACGAGCCGCAAGUACCCUCCGCCAUGAGGCUGUCCCGGGGGCUCCUCCUGCUCGCGGUGGCCCUGGCGCUGGGGGGGGCAGCUGCUGCCUGCUGCCCCGCACCCUGCGUCUGCGACAACCUCCGCGCCCACGUCCUCUGCCUCAACGGGACCCUGACGGCUGUCCCCAGCACCAUCCCGCAGCUCACCAAAAAACUGAACCUUCGGGGCAACAGCUUCGCGGUCAUUCCGGUGGGAACCUUCCUCGCCACCCCAUACCUCACGCACUUGGACCUGCAGCGCUGCAAGGUGGAGAAGCUGGAAGAAGGGGCGUUCCGGGGGCUGGGGAGGCUGGUCUACCUCAACCUGGCCUCCAAUGGCAUAGCCCUCCUCUACCAGGAGUCCCUGGACGGGCUCUCCUCCCUCCAGCAGCUCAUCCUGGAGGGAAACCGCAUUGAGGAGAUCCAGCCGGGUGCUUUUGGCCACCUGGGGUCCCUCACUGUCCUCGACCUGAGGGCGAACGCCUUGGUCUACCUCCCCGACAUGGUCUUCCAAGGUCUGCAGGCCCUCCGGUGGCUCCGGCUGUCCCACAACGCCCUCCAUGUGCUGGGCAGUGAGGCCUUUGCCACCCUGCCUGCCCUGCGCAGGCUGAGUCUGGACCACAACGAGCUGCAGGCGCUGCCUGGCGAGGCCCUGGCCAGGCUGGAUGCGGCCACCCGGCUGGACUUGGGCCACAACCCCAUCACCUACGUGGCCGAGGAAGCCCUGGCCAUGACCUCCCUGAAGCAUCUCUUCUUGGACCACGCUGCCCUCCAGGACGUGGCACCCGAUGCCUUCGCCCACAGCCCCCAGCUGCGUACGCUGGACCUCCGUGAAAACCAGCUGCGGGGGCUGCCGCCCCUGGCCGGGGCCGGGGGGCUGGCGAAGGUCAGCCUGGCCGGGAACCCCCUGCUCUGCUCCUGCCUCCUGCGCCCCUUCCGCGACUGGCUGGUGAGGGCGCGGGUGCAGGUGGAGGGGUCCUGCGCCGCACCCCCUGCCCUCCGCGGCCGGCCCCUCGACUCCCUAAGGCCCCCCGAGAUGAGGUGCGGCCACCCCUGGCCGCCCCCCAGCCCCGCUGCACCUUCGGCACGGCCGAGGAUGGCCAGCGGCCGGCAUUGCCCCCAGGGCUGCGCCUGCUCCCCCGAUUUCCAUCACGGGUCCUGCGAGAACAGGGACCUGCGGGAGAUCCCCCACGGCUUCCCCGGGGACACCCGUCUCCUCGACCUGCGCCGAAACACCUUCAGGACGGUGCCGCCGGGCGCCUUCCCCGGCCUGAAGGAGCUGGCGUCCCUCCACCUGCAGAGCUGCGGCAUCAGGGCACUGUGCCCCGGGGCGCUGCGGGGGCUGGAGAGCCUGGUCUACCUCUACCUCGCCGACAACCUCCUCUCUGCCUUGGCGGCGGCCGCCUUCGAGGGGGUCCCGCGGCUGGCUUAUCUCGACCUGGACCGCAACGCCUUCACCCGCCUGCCAGCGGGUGCCUUCGCGCUCCUGCCCAACCUCAUCUCCCUCCACCUGCAGCACAACGCCAUCGGGGAGCUGCUGGAGGGAGACCUGGCCGGGGCCGGGGGGCUGCGCUGGCUCUACCUCGCCGGGAACACCAUCGGGCACGUUGCCCCCGCUGCUCUGGCUCCUGCCCAGAUGCUGGAGAAGCUGCACCUGGAGGGAAACCGCCUGGUCGAGGUGCCCACAGCUGCCCUGCGGGGCCUGCCCGCCCUGAGCGAGCUGAAGUUGUCCCGAAAUCCCAUCAAGCGCAUGGGGGACGGCGCCUUCCUGCCGGUGGCCUCCAGCCUGCAGCACCUCUACCUGGACAGCAUGGGCCUGGAGCAGAUUUCCCCUGGUGCCUUUGCUGGCCUUGGUCCCAAGAUCAGAAGCCUCUACCUGGAGAGCAACAAAAUGAGCAACAUCCCUGACAUGAGCAACUUCACCGGGCUGGAGAUCCUCAACCUGAGGGACGUGCCUUUCCGCUGCGACUGCCAGCUCCUUCCCCUGCGCAGGUGGAUCGAGAAACUCAACCUCCGUGUAGGGGCCACCUGUGGGUCCCCUGCAGAAGCCCAGGGGCUGAAGGUGAAGCUUUCCACCACUUUCCAAACCUGCCCUGGAUGGGGCCGAGGCGAGGCUGGGGGAAGCAGUCCUGGCAAGACCAAGGCUGCAAGCAAGCCUCGCAAGACAAAGAGAUCAGGAAAAUCACCAGCCAGAGGCUUCAAGAAGAGCAGAGCUUAGGAAAGGCAUGCAGGACACAACAGGGCUGUACGUACAGUCUGGCGAGAGCAUUUUUUCUGGACUUGUCCCCACCGCGGCGACAUGGAUAUUGCACAAGGUGCAAAGGAGAGAGCCCGGCACCAUCAGAGCAAUGCCAAUUUGCCAAAGAUGCAGGGUUUGUUUUUGCAGGACACAGAGGCACAUUACCCUGGAAAGAACCGGUGCAAAAAGCUUCCGUAGUGUUUACAGCAUGCUUUGAUGACUUAAACAACAAAGCCAAAUACUUGCUUUUUCUUCCCAAGGCUCCCUCCAGCCAUGUGGAAAAGUUGGAAUCCACAAGUUUGUUUUUGUUUUUGAGAGCAUUGUGCUUUCACAGCUUCAGAAACAGUUAAAGAGCCCUGAGUGGGACUGCAAACAGCAACAAUACAAGAUCCUGCACUGGCUCAAAUCUUAGGGCAGAAAACUUAAAAGUUAUCAUCAGUGAAAACAUUGCCUGAAUUCCCAGCAGCUCCUCAGAAUUAAAACAUAAGCAGAUCAAAACCUUUCUAUUUCCUGCAAAAUUUGAUCAGUGGUCUGGGAUCACUGAUCCCAUAAGUGAUCCCAUCAUAAGUGAUGUGCCCAACCUAUUCCCCACGGCAGCCUGGGUUGGGGACUCCCCUGCUCGGCCCCAUUUUAAAGUCAGAAGUUUGUUCAAAUUGAGGCAGCUUUAAAAGAUAAACACUUCUAGCCAUCAACCAACCGUGUGGGGCAUGGAACUGUUACAGCAAAAAACAGGAGGAAGAAAGCCAAAGGUGUUUGGAAAUUACCAUCCUAUAAAGACAGGUGGCCUUACAAGCCCAGCUGUUUGACAAGGCUGGGGAAAGGUGGCAGCCCAGGAGGGAGGGGAAGAGAGAAACGCAACAGCUUUGCCAUGAAACAAGAUCCUCCCGCAUUAAGACAUCUAUUGCAAGCUGGUGAUAGGCAG